AUCAACAAGAAGGCACCACCACAGGCAUGCAAAUAGAAUAGCGACAAAAAAAGAAAAGUUAUCGUUGAAAACGAAACGUGUGAAAGAUAGAUAACUCCCAUAGUCCCAUCCCGUCUCCUCCAUCUUCAAAACCACCCCAUGAGUUCUUCUCUGCUUCUACAACAACCAUCAUCACCACUACCAAAAUAGUAAAGGCUACAGCUACCAGCUAGCUGGGCAUGUCAAGGUGGACGUGGUGUGGGUCAACGAAAAUAUAAAUAUAUCAGCAAAAUAUCCUUCGGAAGUUGGCUCAGAAUCCCUGGAUUUAAGAUCUCAAACGCGAUUUUGUUUUUGUUUAUCAAGGAGGAGAGAUGCAGACUCCGGUGUCAAACAGCAAAUUCGUUGGAAGUCGAGUUCCCUUCUUGUUUCUGAAUAAUAAACAAUCACCAGACAGAAGAAUCACCUCCAUCUCUACCUCCUGUGUUUGCUCAAUUUGGAAUAAUUAUCACUACAAGAGGAGGACUCGGAUGGCGACGGAUAAUAAGCUGAGGCACGUGACAUCAAUGCUGGAGUUGCCGUCUGGAGCCGGCAAGUUUUCUGCCCUCCACGCCGUUAUAUUAGGAGAAGCACUUGCUUCUGAAGAGAACGAUCUUAUCUUUCCUAGCGAUGAUUUCGCUCGUCAAGCUCAUGUUUCCUCUCCUCAACAGUACUUGGAGAUGUACAAAAGGUCCGUUGAAGAUCCGGCUGGUUUUUGGUCCGAUAUUGCUUCUCAGUUCUAUUGGAAAAAGAAAUGGGAUCAACCUGCUUGCUCUGAGAAUUUUGACUUUCGCAAAGGCAAUAUCAGUAUUCAGUGGUUCAAGGGAGGCUUGACCAACAUUUGCUACAACUGUUUAGACAGAAAUAUUGAAUCAGGAAAUGCUGAUAAGAUUGCCAUUUAUUGGGAAGGCAAUGAUCCUGGUUUGGAAGACAGUUUAACCUACUCCCAGCUCCUCGACAGAGUUUGCCAGCUAUCAAAUUACUUGAAAGAUGUUGGUGUUAAGAAGGGCGAUGCUGUUGUUAUUUAUUUACCAAUGCUCAUGGAGCUCCCCAUUGCCAUGCUCGCUUGUGCCCGUAUUGGUGCUGUUCACUCGGUUGUAUUUGCAGGAUUUUCUUCAGAAUCUCUUGCUCAGAGAAUCGUAGACUGCAAACCAAAAGUUGUGAUUACUUGUAAUGCUGUCAAAAGAGGUGCCAAGGCUAUACACCUUAAAGACAUUGUUGAUGCCGCCCUUGCUGAAUCUGCAAAAAAUGGAAUAUCUGUAGAUGUAUGCCUAACUUAUGAAAACGAAAAUGCCAUGAAGAGGGAAGGCACUAAAUGGCAGGAGGGAAGAGAUGUCUGGUGGCAGGACUUUGUCCCCAAGUAUCCUACUACUUGUGAGGUGGAGUGGGUUGAUGCAGAGGAUCCCCUUUUUCUGCUAUAUACUAGUGGAAGCACAGGAAAGCCAAAGGGAGUUCUUCAUACAACGGGAGGAUACAUGGUUUACUCUGCAACAACAUUCAAGUAUGCUUUUGAUUACAAACCAUCUGACGUCUACUGGUGCACAGCUGAUUGUGGUUGGAUCACCGGGCAUAGCUAUGUGACUUACGGACCCAUGCUUAAUGGAGCAUCUGUUGUCGUAUUUGAAGGGACUCCAACUUAUCCUGAUGCUGGGCGAUGUUGGGAUAUUGUUGACAAAUUUAAGGUGACAAUAUUCUACACUGCCCCUACCCUGGUGCGCUCCCUGAUGCGUGAGAGUGAUAAGUUUGUUACUCGCUAUUCACGCAAGUCCUUACGCGUCCUUGGAAGUGUAGGCGAGCCCAUUAACCCAAGUGCAUGGAGGUGGUUUUUCAAUGUAGUUGGAGACUCACGGUGCCCUAUAUCUGACACUUGGUGGCAAACUGAAACUGGUGGUUUCAUGAUUACUCCACUACCAGGUGCCUGGCCACAGAAGCCUGGUUCUGCUACUUUCCCUUUCUUUGGUGUUCAGCCUGUCAUUGUUGAUGAGAAGGGUGUUGAGAUUGAAGGAGAGUGCAGUGGGUAUUUGUGUUUAAAAAGCUCAUGGCCUGGUGCAUUCCGAACUCUUUAUGGGGAUCAUGAACGAUAUGAAACCACGUACUUCAAGCCAUUUGCUGGCUAUUAUUUUACUGGUGACGGCUGUAGCAGGGACAAAGAUGGAUACCACUGGCUAACCGGAAGAGUUGAUGAUGUCAUCAAUGUGAGUGGUCAUCGUAUUGGAACUGCUGAAGUUGAAUCUGCUCUUGUUUCACAUCCAAAAUGUGCAGAAGCUGCUGUGGUUGGUGUUGAGCAUGAGGUUAAAGGACAGGGGAUUUAUGCCUUCGUUACCCUUGUGGAAGGUGAACCUUACAGCGAAGAACUUCGGAAAAGUCUUAUACUCACAGUGCGGAAGCAGAUAGGAGCAUUUGCAGCACCUGAUAAAAUUCACUGGGCUCCUGGCCUUCCAAAGACAAGGAGUGGAAAGAUAAUGAGGAGAAUUUUGAGGAAAAUUGCUUCCAAGCAGUUAGAUGAACUCGGAGACACCAGCACACUUGCGGAACCACAUGUGGUGGAGCAACUCAUAGAACUUGCUGAUUGCUGAAUUUCCUAACUCGCGGCAUGGGAGGUCACUACCGCAAGUUAUAUUAGAGGCUCUCUCCAAGCUCUAAUUAACCAUGACAGUUACUCCAGUUCAAUAAAAUUCCUAGUAUCAAUAUUUCAUUUAUAUGAGGGUACUUCCAUGGCUUCUGCCAAUGUGCCAUGUUCAUCGAAUACUAGUGAUUCCAUUUGUUUAUUGUCUGUCCAUGUAAUGCGUACAACUUUGGCUGCUUCUUUCUGAUGCAACGUAUGAAUUAGCAGUUUUUGAUC